AGAUUUAAAAGGACACCAUGUAUUUUUGAUAAAUAUUCACUCUAAAAAUAUCAACAGUAAAGGAGUUAAAAUGGCGACUUUGGUGAAAACAUUGCCGAUAUUGAUGUUAAUAUACCUUUUGGUUUGCACAGAUCAUGUGUCAGCAGAGACAUGUUUCAUCAACGAUUUACUGGAGACGGCGAUUUGUCCGGGUCCCUGCUGCGCCGGCAGAUGUUGCGAGAGUGGAGAAUCACCGCCUCCCCCUGGGACCAGCACGAUCUGCUGGGAUCAUAGCACCGGUUAUUAUCUGUACUGUCCCACUGGAUGCUGUGAACGAGGCAAUCAGAACGAACGUUGCUGCACACAAGAAGAAUCUCCAUUCAAUAGAAUGCAGAACUGGACACUGACACCGAAGCCAGAUUCCACUCUAUGUUUUAACAACAGCAAGUAUCCUGCAGAUUUUAUUUACUGUGAGCAUGGUUGUUGUGGAGAGAAAGGAGGACAAUGCUGUAGGGAAGGAGAAAUCCCACCGUCCCCCGGGCCAAUAGAAGACAAGUGUUCUCAUGGAUGUCCUCACAGCUGCUGUGGGACCAUGAAAGUUCGUUGUUGUGUUCCAGGUGAAUAUGGAACUACUACCCGUCGACAAUUUACAACAAGAAAUAGUGAUGUCACCACACCACACCCUGAUUCCACUUUCUGCUACAUUAAUGAAGUCCACGAUUACCGACAUUGUCCAAUAGGUUGCUGUGUGGGAAGAUGCUGCAAUGAAAGCGAUAUCCUCCACCCCGGCCUGACGAUAUGUUACAUAGAAGCCGAGCAGAGUUAUCGUUACUGUGGGUACGGUUGUUGUGAUGGAAGGUGCUGCAGCCACCCAUCUUCCACUAUGUGUUGGAUAAAUAGUAUACACGAUUACAAGUACUGUCCAAUGGGAUGCUGUGGUGACAAAUGUUGUAGUGAUGGCCCCACACAACAAUCAGACACCACUCUCUGUUACGAUUAUAAGAAAGAAGAUUACAUCUACUGCUCUCAUGGAUGUUGUGGAGGAAAAUGCUGCGAUUUGAUCGUUCAACAAGGCCACCAAAUGUCUGCUGUCAAUAUUGCCUUUAUUGUCCUGGGAACCAUUUUAACUCUGGUUUGUGUCGUCGGGCUCGUUGUCUACGUUAUUUCCCGCCGGAAUGGACUUUCGAGAACACCUAAUAUCAUGCAAACUGUUUAUUCCGUCCCUAAGCAGAAUGCAUAUGUUUAUCAUGAGCCAUAUCAGAAAAUUUGAAGUUUUGGAGCAUUCAAUAUUCUUAAGGUUCAUCCAAAAUAGCAUUGCUAAAAUGCACAUUUGUCCAUUUUUGUCCAUGUUUUCUAUUUAAAACGCUUGAAAUUAUCGUUUUAUACGGUCAAGAAAGAAUUUACAAAGGUUUUUCUCUGCCAAAUAUCUUAAAUUUAAAUAUUUCUGGGGACCAAGUCUCUCAAAAAUAUGUUGGAAUUUCAUAAGUGUCAAUUGCACCCUCUUUUACAUGUAAGUAGACCUAUUAUUUGAUUAUAAAGAAGAGGACAUGAACAUUCAAAAUGCCGUUUUCUGAGAGACUGUUGGCAAUCUGUAUACAUUUCCAGUUUCGAAUAUGAAUAAAACUAUUAAUCUUC